UUGAAAUAAAGAAAUAAAAAUAACAAAAAAAAAAACAAGAUUAACUAAACAAACGAAUAACGAUUGCCUAAAUGCGGUAAAAAGAUACGUAUGCGAAACUACGAAAUUCAGUCGAGAAAAUACACUUUUGGAGUGCGGGCUGUAUUUAUGUAGUUCAAUUUGCUUAAAGAAAAUCAACGUUUUACUCAUUUCUGUCCGUUCGUUGGUUUUUAUUUUGUUUACUGGUGCGCCAGGCCAGCUGAUUAUUUGGGAAAUCUACACAAAUACCUUAAAUGUUGAAAAUAGUGGAAAAGAAAAACGCAUGAAAAAUUGCUCAUCAUAAAAAAAUACGCCACAAAAUUGUAAAUAAUUUGUUAAUAUUUCUUUGAAAUGGCGUUUUUUUAAUCGAAACGUAUUUAAUCGUUAACAAAGUGUGAAUUUAUAAAUAAAUAUUGAAAAAAAGAAGAAAAAAAAUUAAUAAUCGUGAUGAUUAUGAUGAAAAAUAGCAGUAAGAAAUAAUCAUGGCACGAGAGUGUAAAAUAAUAAAUAUGAGUGAAUGUGUUUUUUCGUGAGAGUAUGAGAAGUGAGUUUUGUAUUUUUGCAUUCUAAUAAGAAAAAUCUAUAUGGAAAAGGAAGAAGCAAUAGCCAGAAAAGUUCCAAAUAAAUACACACAGUAGUGUAAAAUUCACCAAUAAAUUAAAUCAUAUCCCUAAAUAAAUAACCAAAUAUUUAAAUACAAAAAUAUUGCAAAUAAAUCACAAAAAAUUAAAAAAAAAAAAAUACUAGAAAACAUUUUUCUAAAAAAUUGUUAGUGCUAGUGAGUGUGAGUAUAAAUAAAUAAGUUGCUAAAAAGCAACAACGAAAAAAAAAUUAAAAAUAUUGUACACAAUAUUUAUUGCUCAAUAGUGUUUAAUGGAAAUAAAACAAGUCUUAAAACAAAUUAGUUUUAUUUUUAUAGUUAAUAAAUAUUAAUAAAAGUGAAUAUCUGGCAAAUACAACACAAAUAUUUAAAGAAAAAUCUAUAAUUUUUAAAUCAAAAGCUUAAAAAAUCAUUAGUGAAAGCUAAUAAAAAUUUACACCACAAAAAAAUAACAAGAAGAAGCAAAAUAAAUGUUGCAAACAUUGUGUUGAUUUGUUUUUUUCUUGUUUCAUCUGUUACCAUCCCAUACAACAACGUAAAAUACGUGUUAGUGGCUCUCAUUUAAAAUUACCAACCCAGCCCUCUCUAACGCUCUGUUAUUAUUGUGUUUUUUUUUUCUUCGCGUGUUUACAUUUUAUAUACGAACAAAAUAUCUCUCUCACUCUUGGCUUAUUGAGUCAGAGUAUAUUUCUCUCUUUUACACACAUUUUCCAUAUGUGUGUAUUUGCUACUUUGUUGAUUAACAUCGUGUUUCCAUAAAUAAAGCAAAAAAAAAAAACAACAAAAUACAAAACUAAAAGCAAAAGAUAAAAACAACGAACAAGAAAACAAAACAAAAAUCUCAAUAGUCUUAAACAGCUGUUGACAUAAUUUUACUACUCCACCAACCUUGGCGAAAUAGCAGUACAAUAAUUUUUCUAAAAUACACUUAAUUUUAUCGCAUUUUUAUUUUAUUUUACCUUAAAAUAAAACAAGAAACAAUUAACUGCAAAGCAACAAUUAUUGUCUACAGAUAUUUGGUUUUACAUUUAUUUGAAACAACAAAACUUUAACUAAAAGAUACACUUCAAAUUUGCAUGAAAUUAAUUCAUUGCAGCAAAGGAUUUUCUUCUUAAAUUACGAUCACGAUUUCUAUUACUUUGGGCAACAAUAUGGCUACCAAAACCGUUUUAACUUUUAGACAGCAGUGUGUGUCGACUGCCUCGAAUUUUAGUAUAAAUGAUUUUAAAUACGAAGUUGUUAAAAAUUUAAAUGAUGAGACCACCAGUGCAAAAAAGUGCAUUGCAGCAAAAUGAAGCAAAUCGCUUGCAACAUCAUCAGCAGACACACAAGCAUUUACAGCAACAGAAACAAUUUCAGCAACAACAACAGCAACAUCAGCAGCAACCGGACAUUAUAGCAACAAACAUUAGUGAUUUACAACAAACCGAUACAAUAGCACACAAAUCAAAAUUAGAACAACGCGAAUUACUUGUUGAAAAUCAUUUAAAUAGCGCCUGCUUUGCUCAAGUGCAUCAUCAUCAACAACAACAGCAGCAGCCAAUAGCCAGGCCACCGCCGCCACCCCCUGCAAGAACAAUAGCACGCAAAUCAUUGCCAACUUUUUACAACGAUUGCUAUCAGCAACAGCAACAACAACAACGUCCAACUCCCUAUUUAGCAAAUAGUAGCUCCCAACAAAACAAUAGAAGAGAUUCCUCAGCAACUGUAAAAUUACUUGAUCUCAGUACAUCACCACCACAACUUGACGAAACUGUGUUUCGAACUCAAACAACUUCUGCUGAAGUGUUACAAAAUCGCAUUUCCUCCGUCAACCAAACAAACAAUAGCCAGCAACGUUUCUCAUUUGCCAGCCAGUAUUCAUCACGUUCAUCGUCCAGUGACGAUAGUAGCAGCCUUAGCUUGACAACUGCCGCGGCAACAAAAGCAGCCGCAGCAGAAGUGGGAACGGGAGGUUUUAUAGUUACUGCCAGUGGCAGUUACAAUUCAUACAACCAUACAUUCGAUGAUGCUGCGGAAAAUUUCAUCAUAAAUUUCCCAGCCGAUACAUCACCCCUGCCAGCGCAAACGUCACACAGUGACUAUUGUCUGCCUUUGUCCGAAACGGAACCGCUGCUAACGAACAUCGAGGCGACUGUCAAUGAUAAACAACGUUCGAUUUAUCUAAAUAAGAACAGUGCGUCGUUAAUUUUUACACGCAAGGACCUGACAUCACCUCAAUCAACGCUACAAACAAAGACAACAGCAGCAGCAGCAGCAGCAACAUAUCAGCAACAUCAAAAACAGCAGCAAUUUAAAUUACAAUCAAAAACAAAUAAUAAUUUUAAUGGAACAUCAUCAUCAUCCACCGGCUCCAAGUCGUUUUCUGGCACUACGUCUUCUGCAACAGCAGCAAACAGUGGUGGCGGCCCAACGAAUGUAAGACAUCAAAAUCAUUCCACGUUACGUUCAUUUUCCGAAGAGAAUUACAGGCGUAAACCCACAAAGCAUUUACCAUCAACAUAUCAUCAGCAACAUCGUCGUAGUUUACAACUUAAUUACAAUAAUAAUCUUGUGACUACAACAACUUGUGGCAACACAAUUGCCAAUAAUAAUCGCUGUUGCAGUGGCAACAGCAGCAACAACAGCAGUUCAUCUAAUUCAAAUUCAGCUGUUUUGCAUAAAACCCAUCAUAACAACCACAGUUUGCAGCAGACGACGUUGCAACAACGUCAACAACAGCCCCUAUCAAAGCAGCAACAACAGGGGCAUCAGCAUUGUAGUUUAAAUUCAAAUAAUUGUGCGGCAACAAACAACACGGCAGCUACAACACGCAAACAAUACGCGUACUCUUGGUACGCUCCCGUCUAUAGUGCGCUUGAGGAGGAACUAGAACAAGAUUCUAGGGAUUCCUCGCCAAUCCACAAUCUGGCCAAUACAAAGAAACAACACAUCAACCAAUACCAUCAGUCUCACGAUCUAAAUUCAUCGCUAGCACCAACCAACGAUAACGAAACAGAAGCACUUUUAGAAACCCGCCAUAAUAUUAACAUUCAAUCUCAUCUGCCGGCCAACAAUCUUAAGCGGGAGUCGCUAACCAAGCAACUCCAUCCCUCAAAGCUAUCACUACAACAUACACGUAAUCCCUCGGGCAAGGGCAGCCAUCAGGCGGCCAAAGGCCUUGGCCACAGCGGUGGGGGAGACGUUGCAGCAGUCGAAGGAUUUGCAAACUAUGACUUGGAGGGCCCUCAAGCAGGCUCGUUGGGGCUUGCUGGGGGCCCACAACCCAGGCGUAUACGUUUCGGUAAUUUCCUCAAAUCGUUGGUGGGUCUGCGGCCAUCAGUAUCAAAUCGUAAUGGCAGCAGUGUGGCUGGUGAAACUACUUCAAGUUCUUCGGCAAACGAACCGUUUGAGGAUGGCGAAUGUACACCACCAUUGGCAAUACCAUCAUCUCCGGAAAUCACAAUUACGCGUACGCCCUCCGAACAAAAUAUGGUCGUUAUGCGAGAUCCCUCGGGUUACCGCGAGUACAAUGGCUACGGUAGUAGGGAAAAGUUAGCAAAUUUCAAUCGUGAGCGAGUGGUAAAGUCGGGCAGUACGUCAUCACUUAAUGUCAUGCAACAGAAAUUGUGGAAUAUCAUGCGUAGGGAGGGAAGUGCAAUAAGUCUGCAUCAAGAGAAAUCACAGUCUAUAGUCCAUUAUACGGGCCUUAGGAAAUGUGAGACCGUUUUAGCCCUAACACGUCAAACGACGUCUCCUUGUUCGCCCACAAUGGGUGCAGGAGUUGCGGCGUCAAAUUCACGAAAUCGCUUAAGCGAGAGUCACGCCACACGUCUUUCGCAUACGGGUAGUGGUAUAUUUAGUGCUAGUGGCGUGGAGCAAAUACGUCCAUUAAAUCGACUGAGGAAUAGUAUUUCCAGCAUGAACAACACUUGCUCAAGAUGUUCCAGUCUCUUAUCGUUGGCUGCCUCCAGUUCCAGGUAUUCACUGAACAAUGCAACAAAUCCUAUGGCUCAUACUUCCCAUCAGCACCUACGCAAUUCUAGUAACGUAAGCAGUAGUAAUAUAAGUAGUACAUUUAGUCGCAGUCGUGAUGGUUCUGUCGAGACGGGACUGCAUUUCGCCGUUAAGCGCAAUAGUCGAACAUCAGCCUUGGGUUCACAACGAAAUUCCACCUCCGGUGCCAAUAGCACAACCAGCAGUCGAACACCAUCAAUGACCUCACCCACAACAACCACCGCAACUACCGCUUCCACAAUAAAGCUUACAACACCACCCACCGAUAAUUCAUUGUCCGUACCUCUUCUCUCGCCUCCGCCUCCAAACGUUCUAACUCUUACAUCAACUUUAACGGCACCAGCACCAGUCAUAAGAGAGAGCUUGAGUUUUCCUGCUGAAUCGUCGACUCCACUUACGGUCACUUCAUUGUUAAAAGUCACCAACAACAACAACAACAACAAGAAAGAAGCGACAAAUAUCAAUAUCAACGAUGUUAUGCAUGAUGAUGAUGACGGCGAUGAUGAUGUCAAAAAUGUGGACUACAACGUGAUUGAUGGUGUCUAUAGGAAUAAUAGCAUUUCCAACAACACCACCUCUCCAUCUGCAUCCUCCACCACCUCCACACUUUUAACGAUUGCACAAGCGAACGUGACUUUAUCGACAAAUCCAAAGGCAUCAGCUCCAACCACAUUUACUGAAAUAGCUGCAGUUGCAUCAACAACAUCUGAAUCAAUAAUGGCAACAAUAAUGCAACAUUGCAAUACUGCCAACGACUCACCCCACACCCCCUCGAGUUCGGGAGUAGCAGCCGCUACUACAACUACACAAGCACCAGCACCAGCACGUCCAUUCGAAAUGUUCACGUGCAAGCUGUGUCUUAUCGAUGUCGAGAAUGCCAGCAAUUCAACUAUACUGCACCAGUGUGGCUGCCAGUUUUGCACUGAGUGUAUGAAAGCAUAUGUGGAAUUUGAAAUAUCUGAAGGUGCCUAUGAGAUUUCAUGUCCCGAUGCCCAAUGCCCGGAACAAGGCGUUAUGACAUUGCCCGAAAUAGCGAAUCUAACAACAAACAACCUAAUGAAAAAACAUCACAGAUAUCGAUUAAAUAGAGAAAUCGAAUUGGAUAAAACACGUACCUGGUGUCCUCGUGCUGGUUGCGAAACUGUUUGUCUUAUUGGUUCAACAUCUUCUCAAUCUGAUGCUGCUCCCUCUACAUCGGCAUCCUCGACCACGUCGACUGCUACAUCAGCCAUAAAUCCAGCAACAGCAGCAACUACUCCCAAUGGCACAAAUGCCGUUACAACACUGUGUGCCGUACAAUGUCCUUCCUGUAAGGAUGAGUUUUGUUCGGCAUGUAAAAAGACGUGGCAUCCAAAUAUUACUUGUGAAGAGCACAGUCGUCGUUUGGCAGCAGAUGGUCAAGAUGAUAUUGGUAUACCCUUCGAUAACGACCUCAUCAAAUGCUGCCCCAUGUGCGCAGUACCUAUUGAAAAGGAUGAGGGCUGUGCACAAAUGAUGUGUAAACGUUGCAAGCACGUUUUUUGCUGGUAUUGUCUGGCCAGUUUGGAUGACGACUUUUUGCUGCGCCAUUAUGAUAAGGGACCAUGUAAAAAUAAACUUGGACAUUCCCGUGCUUCGGUGGUAUGGCACCGAGCUCAAGUGAUAGGCAUUUUUGCUGGUUUUGGUAUUUUAUUAUUAGUGGCUUCGCCUUUACUUCUACUUGCAGCUCCAUGUAUUAUAUGCUGUAAAUGCCGCAGUUGCAGUGGUUCAAAAAUUGAUGAAGGCGAUGGAGAACUGGAUGAAGCCACUGCUUUGCAAAGCCUCAACUAAAUACGACUGCAGUUAAUGUAAACUUUAUUCUAAUACAUUAUAAGUAUUUAAUUAUUUGUACGUAAUUCAAAAUGUAAUUUUUCGUUAAAUUUGCAAGUAAAUAUUCUAUGUAAAUAAAUACUUAGAUAAAUAUCUUAAUAUAAGAAAAAAUAAAAUUGAAUUGUAUGUAAAAAAAAA